AAUGAAACAAUGUCUCUGGUCAUAGCAACUCCAACUUUAACGACAGAUCUGUUCAAUCAAAUAUAAAUUUGUUAAAAUAAAUUUUUCCAUAUAAAUGGCUAAUACAGCGGCUUUGAUUUCGUAUCCGUGCUUCAAGGAUUUGGAAAAAUCAAAUAUUAAUCUCGUGGAAAGUGUUUCGCAUCCAAAAAAAUCUCGAAAGUCUCGUUAUGAUAAAAAAGAGUCGUCGGCACUCAAAGAAAUUUUGACUUGUAACCGAGAAAAUUCAACAACUAACACAUCAAGGGACAGAAAGAAAGAUGUUGAGAUACUGCCAACGUUGGUGGAGAAUGCAGAAAAAGAAGAAAUUCCCAAAACAUUAAACGAAAUGGGAAAGAUAUCCGACUUACCAACAAUACCAACAAGUUCCGAAAGGAAGACCAUUUCUGAAGGUACUGAUGCCAUAUUUUCAUCCUAUGAAGAUGAAGCUAGAGCAAAAAGGAGAUUCUCUAAAAACUCAUUGAUAACGUACGAUGAAUUUAAAGAACUACAGUCCUCUGCAUUGUUGGAUUCAACCAUGCUAGAAUAUAAUCUCAAAUCGACUUCAACGAUGACUGAAGGUAGGACUGAUUUGAGUUUGUCGACGAACAGAACUGCUAACUGCAAAUUAAAAGUUUCUAACGGUGAACCGCAUAUGACAUUAUUGCUGAACGCGAAUGAAUUGAAGGAAUUACACUUCGAUGAAUGCUCACCAUCGAAACCAAUGAAAUCCAACCCGAACGUUCUAGCAUCCAAAAUAGAACCAAACAUUGGGACACAUAGAGCUAGAAAUUGGAGAAUUGUCUUGGGAGUGGUUUGGGUGAUAAGUUUGAUCGCAGCAAUAAUUUUCGUAGCCAUGAACAAUGACGCUACCCAAUCAUCUCGUAAACAUCAGGUGGAACUUGUUACUUUGAUGCCGACUAACUAUGAGAUUUGUUUGUUGGUUGGUAGAAAUUUUCGUCGGUUAAUCGUCUCGUCUCUAGUCAAUUUAUUGUAUUAAAUCAUGCACUGUAAUGUUGUUUAAAAUAAAUUUAGUAUACAGACG